AUGCCUCUUGAAGAUGAUGACUGGCAAUUUUUAUCCGCCCAAUAUACACCCUAUGAUGACUUACUCCAUCCUAUGGGGUCGGGAGAUAAUCCGUUCGAUGCAUCAAUGAACGACCUAGAUCUCGAUCUGAAUGUCGAUCUUGACCCCGGUAUAUACCUUGAUACCUUGCCAGCGGCACAUUGCAUGGAUUUUGGCGGUAUUCCAGACCUCUGCUCUCCUCCCAUACCUCAGAUGGUUUUCGAUGGGCUUAACAAUCACGAAUCGACGCUGGAUUGCUCCACCCCGCCAUUUGCUGUGCCGGGUUCAAUUCCCACCCCGUUCCAAACACCACCACCCCCAACAACACUAGAUUCUUGUCUCGCACAGAACCAAGCUCCUUGCAUAGUAGUGGCAACACAAUCCCUUCGCUCACUUCAUAUCCCCCAGACCAACUGUGUCUCCCGUCGAAGCGCCGACAGUCAUAACAACAGUGGACCCGAGCCGCCACGCAUGUCCGGCUCAGUCCUUAAAAGCAAUAAAGAUGCAGGCAUGUCAGUCUGCCGCAUGCUACAGUGCACCUGUGCCCUCCGCCCGCAGAACCAGUUGGUCCUAGCAAUUAUCUGUUCCCGACUAAUUGCGUGGUACCGCGCCAUGAUCCGCGCGUGCUUCGUGAGCCCCAGCAGCUCGUCCGAGCUAAAUAGUGGGCCUGAUGAGGACCCUUCCUCGUUGGAGAAGGUGGUUCAUCAACCCGUCACGAUUGGAGAUCACUCGGUCGAUGACCAGGCACUGGGAUUGACCAUUCAAGCUCAAGUCACGCUGGGCGAGUUGCGACAUAUGCAGCGAUUAGUCGAGACACUGUCGGCCCGUAUGCGGGAAACCGCUCUCUCGUACCCGAAAGGGAUGCAAAGAUUUCAAGCCGAAGCCGGGCUACCGGGCAUCGCGCAUGACCGGCUGGUGGAACACCUCUUGAAGGAGGUUCAUGAGGCCAAGACUGACUUGAUGACGGCUUGGAAAACAGUAUGA